GCAAGUGAGCGCCAUGUGCAGGAUCUCAAUUCGAAUCCUGUCCUGCCCUGGAGCUCCGGCAGUUUUGACAUCGUCACGCUUGCGCUCAGUGUUCAAUACCUGACAGACCCCCGUGCCGUCUUCACGGAGAUGAAUCGUGUGCUGAAGCCCGGCGGGCUCGCAGUGGUUGCCUUCUCCCAUCGUGCAUUCAUUGAGAAGGCGGUGCAGGUUUGGGCAGCCGAGCCUGACGACGGCGAAGGGCAUGCACACCUUGUGAGCCGCUACUUCCAGCACGGGCCAUGUGGUGGCUGGGAGAAGCUGGCGACAGUGGAUGUCAGCCCACAACAUGGGGAUCCAGUUUGGCUGGUGACUGCGGUGAAGCCGAAUUCGCAAUAG